UGUGUAACAAAAAGCCAUCAAACAGGAAGUGAAUCAUCCAGUGUCUCGCUACGAGCCGAAAAGAAAAUCGUUCCCGCGGUUAGAACCCGAAUUCUCUCUCUUUUAGACCUCUUUGACCCGGUCCGUUAUGGCCCGGUUCAGUUGGAGUCUUUGGACGCUCUGCUUCCUGGUCUGUUCCGGUCUGGCUCUGGAUUGUGACUGGGGCGUUGAUCCGCAUCAGGGUCUGGACAUGGCCUACCUAGAACGAGGAGCGCUCCCCCUGGAAAAGGCCUGGAGGGACCUCGACCUGGACUCUUGCCGGACCGCGUGCUGCGCCGAGCCGGACUGUGACCUGGUCCAGGUGAGAGUCUCCGCGGAGGGGGUACCGCUGUGUCUGCUGGUCCGGUGUGUGAUCGGGGACCGGGACGUGUGUGUCCUUCAGCCCAGCACCGAUGACCAAGUCUACCGCAGGAACCGAACCAGGACCGGCACGGACCCGGACCAAGGGAAGAAGACUCACCUGAGACCGCUGAUGGGACACCUUGAGACCUCCGCGACCACCGCGACCAAUCACAGAACCGAGAGGAAGGAGGAGAGGAACGAGGAGAGGAACGAGGAGAGGAACGAGGAGAGGAAGGAGGAGAGGAACGAGGAGAGGAACGAGGAGAGGAACGUUCAUUGUCGUCUCCCGAUGAAGGUUGGUCAUUGUCGCGCUGCCUUCCCAAAGUUCUUCUAUGACUCGACCGUUCACAGCUGUCGAGGCUUCAUCUUUGGCGGCUGUGACGCUAACGCCAACAACUUUGAUUCCAAGCAGGAGUGUGAGGACAGGUGCAGGGGAGUGACAGGUCCUGUACUUCCUGAUGAGUCGACUCCUGCUCCUCCACUUCCUGUUAAAGUUGCUCACCUGCUUCCUGCAAAAGGUGUGGUUGAUCCUGCAGCUUCACAGUCUGGACCCUCUAAGAGGACAGAACAGUGUAUGGUGUCUCCUGAUCCUGGUUCCUGCCGCGCCGCCUUCCCCAAGUUCUACUACGACCCAAACACAUCCACAUGUCAGACGUUCAUCUACGGUGGUUGUCGUGGAAACCAGAACCGCUAUGACAGUCUGGAGGAGUGUAUGAGCCAGUGCAGCGGGGACGGUGAGUUUGAAGGUCAUGAGAAACCUCGUAACCGCUGGACUGCAGGCGUCUUCCUCUUUGUCACUCUGGCGUCCAUCUCUGCUCUGCUGCUUGGGACGCUUAUCGUCCUCACGUUGAGACGCCACCGUCUGCCCCGCCGACCUUCCUCCAUCAGUGAUAAAGAGGAGCUUCUUCAUGAUUCUUCAUCUCUUGAGUCUCUGAGCGUCCCACAGAGUCCUGAACCGCACCAGGCCUGAGGGGGGGCUGAUCCAUGUUGGGGGGGGGGGGGGGGGGCAUCACAGUGAUGACAUCACAGUCUGAGUGGCUUUUAUCGUGUUAAACAUAUUUCUCUUCAAUGACAUCACUUUCUAUUUUCAGCAUGUUUAUUUACUUUAUGACUUAUUUUGUUCUUUGUUUCUUUUAAAUGACAAUCAAAGGUAAUUAGCUUAGCUUAGCAUGAAGUCAAACAACACAUACAGCAAAACAUCCAUCCUGUUCUUCAGUGCAGCUCUCUGAUUGGCAGGAACAGAUGGAGGACGCAGGGUUCAUGUUGCCCAGUCUUUAUAACUCUGAGCUGAUUUUAUUUGAACAGUUUAUGAGAUUGACCUUUGGCCUUUGAGAUGUAAUGAUUUAAUUAUGAUUAUGAGAUGUAACCCUUUCAAAAUAAAAGUAUUUUUAUCUGCUCUGUUACAAUCAUUGUAAGCUACAUUUAACUAAUAAACCACCAGGAAAUGA